UUGAGUAACAUACUAACACGUGACGUGAAAGUACGAUCCCGCACUCAAUUCCAAAUCCAUCUGUCUUCACAUCCUCUCAAAUAUCCACACAAGAUAGGGGCACAAAAUAAGGGUGCUAUUUUAUAAAGGCAAACAGAAUAACUUGGUUCUUUUCAAAACUGAAUUGUGCUAUUCAACUAGAGCCAGGGGAGGAUCAUUCAUUCUUGACUUCAAUGGAAGAAUCAUGGACUAAUUGGUUGUGUGAUAUGGAACCAGAUGAUUACAGAUUCAUCAACGAAUCAAGCAUAAACACAGACAUUAAUCAAGUUAGUAGUUUAGAGAGACCUUCAAAGUUACUCAAAACAGUUUCUUCUUCUUCUUCUUCCCCUUGCUCAUACAUUCUUACAUUUGAAAAUGAGAAUCCACCACCAAUAAAGGUUCAACCAGCUUUGAAGACAAAAACCAAAGUUGUGAACUCAAAGAAUGAACAAAGAAGGGUUAAUACUCAAGAGAGCAACAUGAAGAAAAGUUCAUUUUCCAAAUCUACAACUCAUCAUCACACACCAGAUCACAUAAUUGCUGAGAGAUUAAGGAGAGAAAAGAUUAGCCAACAGUUCAUAGCUCUUUCAGCACUUAUUCCAAACCUCAAAAAGAUGGACAAAGCCUCUGUAUUAGGUGAUGCUAUAAAGUAUGUGAAGGAGCUUAAAGAGCAAGUGAAAGUGUUGGAAGAGCAAACCAAAAAGAAAAGUGUAGAAUCAGUUAUGGUUGUGAAGAAAUUGUCUCAACUUUAUGUGGAUGAAGAUGUUUCAGACACUUCCUCAAAUUCAUGUGAUGAAAACUCAGAUGAAACCUCAAAAACAUAUUUGUCAUCAUUGCCAGAAGUUGAAGCUAGGUUGUCGGGGAAGAAUGUGUUAAUAAGAAUUCUGUGUGAGAAAGAUAAAGGAGUGAUGGUGAAUGUAUAUAGAGAGAUAGAGAAACUUCAUCUCUCAGUUAUCGAUGCUAGUUCAUUUUCCUUUGGUUCCUCUGUUCUUGCCAUAACCAUCAUCACCCAGAUGGAGGAAGAGUUGAACACGAGCGUCCAGAAAAUGGCAAAACAACUGAGAUUUGGACUGGUGCAAUUGAAUUAGUUUGUACUAUGUACUGUAUGCUAUUAGCGGUGGUAAUUGGUAAUAGAUCGAUCAUGAAUUCAGUGAUAGUUGCAACGUGGGAUGGGGAAGUCAUGUACACGAAGUAUACAGCAUGGACAUGUUGAGGCCUUGGGGACGAGACAAUCGAUGUGCAUUAAAUACACUAUGGUUUUAUUAAGGGAAAAUGUGGGACAUAUCAUGUGGCUAAUCGCAUAAGAAUAAUAUACAACUACGCACACAAACAAAAACUAAUAAAUUGAUUUAUGUGGUAAAUUUUGUUUUUUUGACAAAAUGUGGUAAAAAAUUUAAUCGCUUAAUUACUGUUUUAUGUAUAUGGAAAAAAAGUCAAUUGGAUGAAGUUUAGUCAUCACAUAGUUAAUAUCUUUUGAAA